AUGUAUCAGCAGAAAUAUGCUCCUAUGAUUGAGUUUCGUGAUGGGUUGGUUAGGCAAAUUGGUGAGGAAGAGGUAGCAGGGUUAGAGAGGGCUUGCAUAGGAUGGUGGGUGAGGCAGAUAGGAAUGGACGCCUCUCAACUGCUAGUUGGAAGGGAUAACAUAGAGCUAUCGUAUCUCCAGUUUGCAGAUGAUACAAUUUUAUUUUGCCCCCAGGAAACGAAGACAGUCAUGAAUUAUAAGAGGCUUUUGCGUUAUUUUGAUUUGAUGUCAGGUUUGAGUAUUAACUUUGAUAAGUCCAAUUUGAUUUCGGUUAACUAUGAACAAGAUUGGGUGACAGAUAUGUGUGGUCUGUUGGGAUGUGUGGAAGUUGCUUUACCUGUCAGGUACUUAGGUAUUCCUCUAGGUGCGAACCCUCGGUUGGCAAAAACUUGGAAACCAAUCAUAGAUAAGGUGGAAGAUAAGCUCAACUUAUGGAAAGUGAAGUCUCUCAACAAGGCUGGCAAGCUAGUUCUCAUAAAAUCUGUUCUUAAUAGCUUGUCGGUUUACUACCUUAACUUGUAUAAGAUGCCAAAGUCGGUAGCAGAAAAACUUAUUGGGUUACAGAGGAGGUUCUUGUGGAGUAAAGAAGAUGGAAACAGCGGUAUACCACUAGUAAAAUGGUAG